AUGGAUCCGAAUUUCAAACAUUUGACAGAGGAGGAGAUUGACCAGUUCUUGAGUGAGCUGGAUACGGACAAUGAUGGCUUGAUCGAAUACCACGAAGUCGAAGCGAAACUCGAUGAGGUAUCGCGAGAGAUAGCUCCCGAACCCGCCGAACAUAACCUCCACCAUGAAGACCGCUCCGACAAACGCCAUCAGUUUCUCCGAGGCUUCAUGGGCACAAACGAAAACCACGUCCCCAUUGCCGAGUUCAAAAGAAUAGUACAAUCAUGGCAGAUACCAUCCAUGGAACAAGAGAAGAAAGAGGAGGACGAACAAGCAGACUUUGUGAAGAAGAUGUCUUAUGCAAGGCGACUUCGCGCUUACUGGGAAGUGCAUGGACCUGAGUACGGCUUCCUCGCUGUUGUCGUCUCGAUGCAACUCGCCUUUGGCAUCUGGCAGAUGGUCAAAUAUCUCACCACUUCUCCAUACAGAGAGACAUUUGGUUGGGGCGUUGUACUGGCAAAGACGUCUGCAGGAGUCUUGUACCCGACCAUGUUCUUCCUGGUGCUUUCCAUGUGUCGCUGGUUGAGCACUGCACUACGCCGCUUUUACUGGAUCUCGAGAUUCGUCAACUGGGAUUUGUCGCAAGAGUUUCAUAUCAAGAUGUCGCUUGUGGCGUUACUCUUUGCCUCGCUCCAUGCUAUUGGCCAUCUUACCGGAAGCAUGCUCUAUGCUAGUAGACCGGCUCAACAGGAUGAAGUCGCUGCUUUCCUGGGUCCAGAUGCAGUGCCGAGGCCAUACGUAGCCUGGAUCAGAUCACUUCCUGGUUGGACUGGACUGGUAAUCUUUGGUCUAUUCUGGGUUAUUGGAGCGACGAGUUUGCCUUGGGUCCGCCGCAGGUCAUACGAAGUCUUCCAGAUUGGGCAUUUGCUCAUGUUCCCCAUCUUCGCUUUCCUCAUGGCUCACGGUACAGUCGGAUACUUGCAAUGGCCCAUGAUGGGCUACUUCCUCGCUUUCCCUGUUCUCCUGGUCUUGCUCGAACGUAUCGUCAGGACGUGCAAUGGAUUCUCACCACUGUCCGCCUACUUGGAAGUUCUCGACAAAGAGACUGUGUGCAUCACCGUCAUGAUGCCUGCCUCUCGCAACUUUGACUACCGAGCUGGGCAAUACGUCCUCCUGCAGGUCCCUCAAUUGAGUCGCUUCCAGUGGCACCCGUUCACCAUCUCCACCUGCAUUGGCAAUGAGUUGCAGCUACACAUCAAGACGGAUGGCAACUGGACAGGGAAGCUGAGAAAGCUCGGAACCUCUCAGGAACCUACCAAGAUCAAGAUCGGCAUUGAUGGACCGUAUGGCGCUCCUGCUCAGCGCUUCUAUGACUUUGAUCAGACCAUCAUUGUUGGCGCCGGCAUUGGUGUCACACCAUUCUCUGGCAUCCUUACUGACCUGCAGAUGAGAGAAGAACAACGACUGGGCACAAAGAAAUGGCGUCCUUCACCAUACCAAAAAGCGGCCGACUCACGCAGGCAAUCUCGCCAACUCAGUCGUCAAACCACCGAUGUGCCCAGCGACAACGAAAAGACCGAAGCAAGCACUCCCGUCUCCGAAGAACCUUCCGCCACUCUAAAGAAACACGAACUUCCACAUCAAGAAGCCACCUCCAGCCACAGCCCAUCAACCACCGACAUAUCAUCCUACGACCUGGAAGAUUACAAACGCGUAGAUUUCCACUGGAUGGUCCGCGACCGCAACAAUCUCCUCUGGUUUUCCGACCUCCUCAACUAUAUCUACGCGACUUCAUCCCAAGACCGCACAUCCCACCACUCCAACAUCGAUUUCCGCAUCACCACCCACGUGACCCAAAAACGCAAAGACCUUUCCACACAUGUUUUCCGCUGGCUGUUGGAAAAACACCGCACCCCCGAACAUCCGGAAAGUCCAAUCACCGGAUUGAUCAACCCCACGCAUUUCGGCCGUCCGGAUAUGAAGAUGAUUAUGGAUACGCAUUAUGAAGACAUGUGUAAGCUGUUAGCUGCGAAGAAAAGGUUGUGGCGAGGGGAUAAGAAGAAGAUUGAGGAAUUGAGCGAUGGAUUUAAGGUUGGAGUGUUUUUUUGCGGUGCACCUGUUGUUGGCUAUCAACUUGCUGAUAGAUGUCGUGCUUUGACUGCGAGGGGAAGAGAGGAUAAGACGUUUAUCGAAUAUCACUUUAUGAUGGAAGUGUUUGGUUGAUGCAUGAGAUGAAAUUAAGAGGUUAUCUCGUCGUCCUAGG